AUGGAACCAUCGUUCCUUCUCGAAGGAGUCGCCCACCCAGACCGGUUUCUCCCCCCUAAGCACGAAUACCACUGCACACAGAUGGCUAUGCGGCAGCUAGAGCGGCUGAACGGAGGGUACAGACCAGCUUACGUUCAAAAGGAUCCCAUUUUACCGCAAACAGGAAAGCUUUUGAACUCCCAUCAGACCCCCUUCAAUAUAAAUAAUGAUAAUAUGAAUCCAGUUGGGGAAGUAGAAACGUGCAUAGAUGAAAGUUUAAACCAGGGUGUGUCGUGGGACAAUGACCGCAACCAAAAUUAUACAGACUUUUCAGACGGAUUUCUCAACACAGGAAAUGUCAGCAUAUUAGGAUCGUCUUUAGACGGUGAAAAUAUCUGGGCAUCGGAAUGCAGUAACGAUUCCAUUGGCAUACUCUCUGUGACAGGAUCCGUCAUCCAAUAUGAUCCGAAGUCCAGCGCAGAUAAGAACACAUCAGACGAUAACAUACCCUCCCCGUUUCUUCAAAUGAAGUACCUUCAACUCAAGGAUUUAGAUAGCGUGCACUCUUCUGUUUUCUCUCCGCCUCAAGAGCCUUCUAUGUCUUCAGGUGAUGUGUCACUGCCUAACAUUUCCAUUCAUUCGAACCCAUCUGUAUCUCACAACGCUCCGCGGAUCAUUCCUACCUCGGUAGAUUUAACCGGAACUGACAUAGGUUCUCUGCAUGUAUCAGAAUUGGAGCAUACAGUACGGCAUUCGCAUGAUUUUUCUUUAUCAUAUGAUAAUUUAUUAGCACAGCCUGAGACCUCCUUACAAGCUCCAGCGUGCUGUCUUCCUGUCAUAUCUAAAGCCUUGCGGAAAAAGUUACCUCCAGGCAUGGCACGCAAUCCUGUCACUUCAAGCCUGCUGAAUUCUAAGUGUGCUCGUCCUAAGGACAAAGAAUCGAACAUUCUAAACCUGCCUCCUGUGCUGAAGAUUUUGCAGCAGAGGGUUCGUUAUUGCGGGCAUAUAAAAACCGUCCCGCCCGCACAAGUUCCUGGGAACCAUAUCGACUAUCUCUCUCAACUACGGCAAAGGGUUGCACAGCAAGCACUAAUCAAUCUUCCCUGCUUAGCCGGACACGUAAAGUAUUAUGGGAAAGCAGAGCCCUCAAUUCCUAGGCAGGCUCUUGCCAGUGAAGUACUUAUUCUUCCCAAACUUAAACGAUGA